GGUCGGACGAAAUGACACCGGAAUAAUGUCCGCUUAAAAUAAGAAGAAAACAACAGAUUUUGAGAGGAAAGUCAGCGAUGAUGUCUGUUCAGAACAUCUGUGUGAAAUUUGGGGAAACGACAGCAUGAGUUCUUCAUCACAGAAACAGACAGACACAGAUGGCGACAAUCCCGAGUCUGGUCAGCAGAUUUACAAAACUCUUGCAAAACCAGCACAUAAAGAAAACCCACACAGCUGUGACCAAUGUGGGAAAGCUUUCAGCCAAACAAGUGACCUAAGAAGGCACCACCUCAUCCACAGUGGACAGAAGCUGUACACUUGUGACCAAUGUGGAAAAUCGUUCUGUCAUUCAGGAUGUGUGAAAAUACACCAACAAAUCCACAGUGAAGAGAAGCCGUACACUUGUGACCAAUGUGGAAAAUCCUUCCGUCAUUCAGGAUCUCUGAAAAUACACCAACUCAUCCACAGUGAAGAGAAGCCAUACAUUUGUGACCAAUGUGGGAAAGCUUUCCAGCAGCCAGGCAGUCUAAAAAGGCACCAACUCAUUCACAGUAAAGAGAAACCAUAUGGCUGUGAACAAUGUGGGAAAGCUUUCAGCCAGUCAGCCUAUCUAAAAUCACACCAACUCGUCCACAGUAGACAGAAGCCAUAUGUUUGUGACCGAUGUGGGAAAUCUUUCAGUCAAUCAGGAAAUCUGAAAACUCACCAACUCAUCCACAGUGGACAGAAACCAUACACUUGUGACCAAUGUGGGAAAUCCUUCAAGCAGUCAGGAAAUCUGAAAACCCACCAACUCAUCCACAGGGAACAGAAUCUGUACAUUUGUGACCAGUGUGGGAAAGCUUUCAAGCGGCCAUUUAUUCUAAAAAGGCACCAGAUCGUCCACAGUGGAGAUAAACCGUAUAUUUGUGACCAGUGUGGCCAAGCAUUCAAAAAACUGACUUACUUAACAAAACAUAAACUCAUUCACAGUGAAGUUAAACCAUAUGCCUGUGAACAAUGUGGGAAAGCUUUCAGCCAGUCAUCCUAUCUAAAAUCACACCAACUUGUCCACAGUAGACAGAAGCCACAUGUUUGUGAACGAUGUGGGAAAUCUUUCAGUCAUUCAGGAAAUCUGAAAAGUCACCAGCUCAUCCACAGUGGACAGAAACCAUACACUUGUGACCAAUGUGGGAAAUCCUUCAACCAUUCAGGAAAUCUGAAAACCCACCAGCUCAUCCACAGUGGACAGAAUCUGUACAUUUGUGACCAGUGUGGGAAAGCUUUCAAGCGGCCAUGUAUUCUAAAAAGGCACCAAAUGGUCCACAGUGGAGAUAAACCGUAUUAUUUGUGACCAGUGUGGCCAAGCUUUCAAAAACCUGACUUACUUAAAAAAACAUAAAGUCAUUCACAGUGAAGUUAAACCAUAUGCCUGUGAACAAUGUGGGAAAACUUUCAGCCAGUCACAUAGUCUCAAAAGGCA